AUCAACAUACAAGUAACCAAAAUAGCAUUCAUGGCACCAACAAAAUUCAUUAAUGGUAUGUUUAAGAAAUAAAAGUGUUUGUUAAAUGUGUCACUGUUCAACUUUCCGCGCAUGCGCAAUGUCAGAUCAGUUGCCGGGGCACGAUGGCUGCGGACGAUGCGCUGCUGCUGUCUCUGGUGGAGGAGUUUGUCUCUGGACUGCAGGACAGCAAAGCCAAAGAUACAGCAACAGCUGUCAAAAAUGGAGAGUUUACAAUUCUGCAGCUGGUGGAGGCUCUGGGACUGAGUCUGACCAGCUCUCAGCCUCACACUCGAGCCAGAGGAGUCCAGCUCCUCUCUGAAGUUUUACACGAGUGCUAUGGAGCUCUUACCGAGAGAGAAGUGGAAGUGCUCAUCGCCUUCUAUGAGAACCGUCUGAAGGACCAUUACGUCAUCACUCCUCCUGUUUUACAGGGGCUCAGAGCGCUGACAAAAUGUACCGUGUUGCCUCCUGGCUCGGCGGUGUCCAUGCUGAGGUCUUUGUUCCAGGAUGUUCACGUUCAGUCUUUGAUGCUGACGGAGAGAUCCUGCGUCUACAACAUGCUCAUCAACCUCAUGGCGAGCAGAGAAGCAGAGCUGAAGGGCUUGGGACCAGACUUUGUGUUUGGCUUUGUGCAAUCAAUGGACGGAGAGAGGGAUCCUCGUAACCUGCUGCUAGCCUUCCAGAUCGCCAAAAGCAUCGUCCUCCGAGGUUACGAUCUAGGUAAAUUCACAGAGGAGCUGUUCGAAGUGACGUCCUGCUACUUCCCCAUCGACUUCAGUCCACCUCCCAACGACCCCCAUGGCAUCACCAAAGAGGAGCUGAUCCUCACCCUGAGGGACGUCCUCACUGGGACGCCUCGAUUUGCAGAGUUUCUGUUGCCUCUCAUCAUUGAGAAACUGGACUCUGAUGUUCUGAGUGCAAAGCUGGACUCGCUGCAGACUCUGACGGCUUGUGUUUCACAAUACGACCACAAGGACUUGGCAGAAUUCCUCGAUGGACUGUGGGCGUCCCUGCGCAGAGAGGUGUUUCAGACAUCGAGUGAGAAGAUCGAGUCUGCCGGCCUCGCCGCUGUCACCGCAAUCACUUCCUGCUUGUCUCGCUCCGUCCUCAACUCUGACUCUGAAGACUCCCUCACCACCUUCCUGGAGCUCGUCCUCAAAGACUGUAAGCACCACCUGUGUGAGCCGGACCUGAAGCUGGUUUGGCCGAGCGCUAAGCUGCUUCAGGCCGCCUGCAGCGCCUCCAUCAGGGCGAGCUGCGCCAUCACAGCCGCCAUCAUGCCCUCCCUCAUCGAGCAGUACACCAGCAGAGCGCAGUGUUCCCACAGACGCACAUUACUGGAGGUGGUGCAGAGAUUCAUCCAGUCAGUGAAAACCAGUCAGACUUCAGAGAGCGAGGACAGUGUGUUCCUAGCUUUCCGUCCGUCUCUGUGCAGCAUGGUGUUCUCCGCUCUGACGGAGAGCAACUCCAGUCUGCAGAUCACGGCCUCCUCUGUGCUCACAUCACUGGCUCAACAACCAGGUCUGCUGCUGGACUCUGACAUCGAGCUGGCUGUGGAUCACCUGACCAGACUGCUGCUGACUGAGGAGGACGACAGAGUGAGUGUGGCCGUGGUGGAUUGUGCCGGAGCUUUAGCAGAGCUACACCCUGCAGCCUUCAUCAGUAAAUUCAUCCCGAGACUAAAGACAGAGAUGUUUUCUGAGCCGAUGGAUCAGGACAACAAGAGCACUUCUGAGCAGCUUUCCCAUCAUGCAGUGCGGCAGCGGUGUCUCUCCGCUCUGGCUGCAGUGUCCAAAAAGCCCAGUGUGGUCCAGGAGAGCACGCCUGUCCUGCUGCAGGUCCUCAGCUCUGCACACACAGGUGUUUUCGCGGCGGAGGAGGUGGUGUCGGCGUGCCACAGCCUGCAGAGGAUAGCGGAGCAGGUUCAGGACUCGGAGGAGACAGGGCGCUGCUUCCAUGACAUCAUCAUCCCGCGCCUGCUGUCUCUGGCUCUAAAGGCGGCGCUGCAGGGUGAGGAUAGUCGUAGUCCUCUCCUGGAGGAGGCGGUCCUCUCCGCCAUGGUGCCUGUCAUCAGUACUUCCUGCUCCAGGCUGCAGCCCACGUUGGCGCUGCAGACGGCAUCGAAGGCGGUGUCUCUGUUCCUGGACGGAGACGUUUCAUUUCUGCCUGACAACUCCUUCCCUUCAAACAUCCAGUUGCUCAAGCAGCAGGGGGGCUCCUGGCCUCAGUCUCAGAUGGUGUGCCUGCUCAUGGGAUGUGUGUGUUCGUUACCUCGCAGCGUGGAGGUUCCUCGAGUGGACGAGCUGCUGUCAGCGCUGGAGGAGAUGAGCUGCACCGUCCUCCACCCGCUGUCCUACACUUCGGCUGCUAAAUGCCUCGCUGGCCUGCUGAACAAGAAACCACAGGGUGAUUCUCUGGACAGCCGGAUUCAGAGCACAAUGAAGAGGGUGUGCAGUGAGCUGGACUCUUCCUCUUCAUCAUUACACACUCAGGCCUUCACCCUCCUGAUCUGGGUUGCCAAGGCUCUGCUCCUCAGAUACCAUCCUCUGUUCACCACACUGACUGACAAGCUCUUCUCUCUGCUCGAUGACGCCGCUCUCGGUCCGCUGGCAGCCGACGGUUUCUCGCUGCUGAUGAGCGACUCCCCCGACAUCCUGAACCGCGGUUGCCACGCAGACGUUCGCAUCAUGUACCGCCAGCGCUUCUUCAGCGAGAACUCGGCCAAGCUGGUGCAGGGCUUCAACGCUGCGCCGCAAGAGAAGAAGCCGAACUUCCUGAAGGCUCUGUCCAACAUCGUCAACAAGCUGCCAAAGCAGGUUCAGCUCACUGAGCUCCCAGCGCUGCUGUCCCUGCUGCUGGAGGCUCUGUCCUGUCCUGAUCUGGGGGUCCAGCUCUCCACGCUGUCCUGCCUGCAGCCCGUCCUCGCGGACCCCCCGCCCUCCCUCAUCCAGCAGCUGGAGGCUCUGAUCAGCCGCCUGUUGGUCCUCACCGGCAGCCCCGCCAUGGAAGUAAGAAUCGCCUCGCUGCGGUGCAUCCAUGCUGUUUCCAAGUUCCCUGAACACGAGAUCCUUCCGGUGCGAGCCCGGGUUCUGCGAGCUCUGGCCCGACCUCUGGACGACAGGAAGAGGCUGGUGAGAAGAGAGGCGGUGCAGGCCAGAGGAGACUGGUUCCUGGUUGGAAGUUGAUUCUGCUCCUCAAAACAAGUCUCCCUCCUCCCUGAACCUGGAAGAAUUCAGAUGAAGUGGAAACAGCCGGAUCAGGUACCAAGGGAUCAGAGCGGCGCCACAUCACACACAUCUUUGGAUCUUCCAGCUUCCCUCUCUCCUCCCUCCUCUCCUUUUUUACUGAGAUGUUUUCGUCCUGUCUGUGUCUUCAUAAACGCACAAUAAGAGUAUAAGUGGACUGACUGUGGAGCGUUAUCUAAGUUGUGUUAAUGAGCUCAUUGUUUGAAAUGUGAAACGCCUCUCGUGUGCGUCGUUGUCUUCCUCUCUUUGCAUCGGAGGGAAUGUAACAUCAUAGUUUAAAUUUAAUUUCAAACACCAAGAAUAAUGUCCAAAAAUGUUAGCUCUUCUUUAAUCCUGCUAGUAAAUAAACAAAACAAAUGGAAAUCUAUCGACCAGGCAGAGGUGAUAAUCAAGAUAUGUGUUUUAACUUCAUUAUUCCAACAUAGAAAUCAAUUCUGCAAAGAAAAAACGGACCUCGUUAGCGGAGGUAGUUAUCCAGAUUCAGGACUCUCGAAAAUCUCAUCAGACUUGUUCAGAUCUAGUAGAUAAAGUCUGUCAUUUGAAUGUUGAAUGUUUGAACUCCUAUACAAAAAGAGGAAGUAAACACCGUACACAUAUAUUGUGGAAAAGUGUCAUGAACUGGUAGCAACAUUCAUUUAAACUUUCUGACCAUUUAGAGAUUCUGCUGCUGUAAACAUCACACAUUUCCCUCCCCACGACCUCUAGCACCGAGCGCUUAAUCUCUUCUCAUCGGGAUGAAUGUGUAGCAGUAGCAGCAGCGGGUGCGUUUGAUUCGUGUCACUCUGAUGUGGGAGGUGUUGAAUGUAGAUGUGCCAAUUGUGCUCAAUCCACUGAGUUUUAACACGAGUGUUUGGGUUCAUUUAAGAUUGUGUGAACAUUAUGUCAAACACCUGCCUUGUUUUCGCUCAAUAUUUAAACUCAUUUUGUUAUUGUCGAGUAAGGUUGGCUCACUUUGGACCUUACAGCGAAUUAUGCCAAGGAAAAAGACAAUAUUUAAAUGUCAUUAAAACAUUUAUGAUACUAAAAGCAUUAAAUGUCGUUUUUAUGAGAAAUAAAAGGUAUUGCCGUU